CCUUAGUUUAGUAAUGGGCUUAUAAACCCAAUAAGCUCAUUUUAGCCAGAAAACCCUAACUAUCUCUUCUCGUCUGGAGAUAUAAGUAGAAUCAUUUUUUGCCGCCGUUUCUCGCUAACACACCGAAAACUGAAUCAAAUCUCCUAGCUCUUCUACGCAAAAUCGAGUGCAUCGACAAUGGCGGAACGUGGUGUCGAACGUGGUGGAGAUCGCGGCGAUUUCGGACGUGGAUUCGGUGGUCGCGGCGGUGGAAGAGGUGGUCCGAGAGGUCGUGGUCGCCGUGCAGGUCGUGCUCCAGAGGAGGAGAAAUGGGUGCCAGUGACUAAGCUUGGUCGUCUCGUAAAGGAAGGUAAGAUCACAAAGAUUGAGCAGAUCUACCUCCAUUCUCUCCCAGUCAAGGAGUACCAGAUCAUAGAUUUACUCGUCGGUCCUUCAUUGAAAGACGAAGUGAUGAAAAUCAUGCCGGUUCAAAAACAAACCAGAGCCGGUCAGAGAACGAGAUUCAAGGCCUUCAUCGUCGUCGGAGAUAGUAACGGUCACGUCGGAUUAGGAGUCAAAUGCUCCAAGGAAGUUGCGACGGCGAUCAGAGGCGCGAUCAUUCUCGCGAAAUUGUCUGUGGUUCCGAUACGAAGAGGUUAUUGGGGUAACAAGAUUGGAAAACCACAUACGGUUCCGUGUAAGGUAACCGGGAAAUGUGGAUCUGUUACUGUACGUAUGGUUCCAGCUCCGAGAGGUUCUGGUAUUGUGGCGGCUAGAGUUCCUAAGAAGGUUCUUCAAUUCGCUGGAAUUGAUGAUGUCUUUACUUCUUCUAGAGGAUCCACCAAAACUCUUGGAAACUUCGUCAAGGCAACAUUUGAUUGUCUGCAGAAGACAUACGGAUUCCUUACACCGGAAUUCUGGAAAGAGACGAGAUUCUCAAAAUCACCAUACCAAGAGCACACUGAUUUCUUGCUUAUACCUCCUGGCGUCAAGAUCAGCGAGGUUGUUGUAGACAAAAGCGUAGAGUAAUACCACUUUAUCUUGUUACAUGAGACUUGAGUGUUGUCAAAAGCUCAAGUCAGAUUUUGUUCCAACCUUGGUUUUUUGAUUUGUCGGUUAUAAUGUCUUUAGUAAUCUAGAUACGUAUCUGUUUUACACUUUGAAUUCAAUCAUACGAAUCUUCUUAUAAUUGGGGUUUACGGCUUGAAACAAUAUGGAAUUUGGAUCUAGCAGUGAAUGAUAUAAGGUAUGAUUACA